CGAGCGCCACGAACGAGCACAAGCUCGUACAGCCAAGUGUCAAAUGACAGCUGUUGCGUCGUACCGAUUCUCCACACUGCGACGAAACGCCGGCUCGCAACGAAACAGCGAUUCGAGUAAAUACGUAUUACGCGGUGGGCGCCGACAUGAAACGACUUGUCACCCUUUUGUACGUUCUGUCGUUAUUCCUCGAUAACGUGACGACGGCGCUAGAAAAUGCGACUAUCGUACCAGUAUCUGAUAGUGUCGGAAUAAUAGUAUCUUUAUGGAACCAUCGCGAACAUGAUGUAUUUAAACAACGAAUAAAUUUAGCCCCAUUUAAUCGCUUAAACAUCACUGUGACGGAUGUUCCAUCAGAUAUUUGGUUUAUUGUUUUACAAAUUCAUACAUUUCAAUACAAUGCCACGUUAUCUUACGACAAAGCGUUGCUCGAUAAAGUAUCGAACAGAAGCUUAUUUGGAUCAAACAUUGGUUUGUACUUAAAAACAUAUGAUGUAACAGCCCCAAUACAGGUAUUUUUGAAGCAUAAUAACGUGCAUAAUCUCGAUGCGUUACUUGUGAUUGUCACAUACGGUCGAAAUGCGCCGAUACCGGGUGGAUGUAAUAUGGAAUUCGAUAUUGAGAUAGCACCGUAUCAAAAGUUACGUGUAGAAAACGAAAUGAUAAUAGUAGAUGCGCAACCAGCCUCGGUGCUCGCCUCUAAUGGGUCGCCGAUCCCUUGCGAAAAAGAUCUGGUACAACAUAAGAUGUAUCGUCUCUAUCUACCUAAGCAGGACUUUACCCCGGAAACAUACUUCGACGCGAUUGCAAAUAUGCUGACCACGCAAGACAUUUCGCGGAACGGCGAUGAGGUNNCAGCGAGUACUUUUAUGAGUUCGAUGAGGCGUAUCUAUAGUACGUACAUUGGCACAGGAUUUGUCUAUGUCACAAUUGCUACUUAAAAUUACUCCUCAGCUUAUGUUCCAAUUUUUACAUAUGCUUGCAACCCUUUAUUAUAUCCGGAAAGCUGUCAAGUUUUAAAUGACACGUUCGCAAAGGUGAUUUGCGCGUUGGUUCUAAUAACAGGUUGUUUGUCAAUUAUUAUAGGGCAUAAAUGCCCUGGUAUAGAUCAUUUAUUACCAAGUUGUAUAAUGAGUGGUAUCUUUGGAUAUAUUCUAGCAAUAAGUGUCAGUGAUCACAGCACUGCAAUUAACGUUCUGAUAGGUUUGACGUCUGCUAUACUUACUCUAUCUAUAUCAGCAUUGUUUACAAGUUUCUACAAAUUAAAUAUAUCAUUGCGCAAUUUAUCAUUGGCAUUCUUAUGCGCAUGCAUCACGUAUCUUUAUGCUCCAGUGUGGAUGUUUUAUAUUCUCCAGAGUAACUGGUUAUUCUGGCCAUUGUUUAUAAUCCUAAUACUUUUUAUAACUUUGAUUUUGACGAUGAUGCUUUAUCUCGCUGAAAUGAUUACAUGCGCGACUUUUGGGUCCUUUCUCAUAGUCAUCGUGAUCGAUUACUACACCGGAAGUAAUUUGAAAUAUAUUAUUAUUACUAUAAUCAGAAGGGUAACUAUACCCGAAUUUCACUUAGCAUUUGUAUAUCCACCAUUUCAAAGUGCAGAUUUAACUUUGAUAAUUGUUUGGAUUGUUUUAAUAAUAACACGAUUUAUUAUACAAGGAUGCACUCAUUUGUGUUGUGGAAAUAACUCCGUGAUAAAAUUUGAACAAAAUACUUCAGAAAGGACAUUUUUACGAUCUAACCGUUAUAAUAGCUAUUCUGGAAGACAAACAAAAUCUUACAAUCGUCGUCAACAUUAUUUUAAAUAUAACCGGCGAUGUUAUAUUUAAUAUAAAUGAUUUUGCAAAU